AUGCCAGAAGAUUCUUCUGUUGAUUUACACUGUCCAGUAAGAGGAAGGCCAUCCCCAAUAAUUCGUUGGUCUUUUAAUUCAAUUCCUUUUUAUGAAUUGUCUGAUGAUUAUAAUAAUAGAAGAAUUCAAUUAAAUGAAGGUCGGUUAUUAAGAAUUAAUUCUUUAAAAAGAGAUUUGGAUACUGGCUUAUAUCAAUGUAAUGCAACAAAUAUUGGAGGCUAUUUGGAUUCUUCUACUUAUUUAAAUGUUUUGGCAUUCGCUCCUCGUUUUCGUCAUAGUAACCAAAGAGUUUGGAAAGUAUUGCGUGAUUCUAGUGUUGAUUUAAAUUGUGAUGUAGAGGCUGCCCCAAUAGCGGAGGUUCAAUGGGUUGAUGCAAAUGAUACAAAUAUUUUGCCUGUUCCGGGAAAAUUGGAGAUAUUUCCAAAUUUUACCCUUCGUUUGCAUUCAUUGAGUAGUUCAGAUGAUGGUUUUUAUUAUUGUAAUGUUAGCAAUAAAUAUGGGUUAAAUCGAGCUUUGAAUAGAUUGGAAGUUUUUACACCAACAUUUUUUGCUGAAAUACCCCAACCUUCAAGAAUUACUUUAGAUGCAAAUUCCCCAAACUCAAAUCAUUUAGAAUUACGUUGUAAAGCAAUUGCUGAUAAUCGUUUAAGUAUUGAUUAUAUUUGGACAAAAAAUGGAAGUCCAAUUAAAAAUGAAGAAAAUAAUAAAAUAAUUAUAGAAGAAGAUGGGACUUCAAUUCUUCGUUUAUUCCAUUUAAGUGGCCACCAUACUGGACAUUUAGAGUGUUCAGCUGUUACUGAGGUUGAUGUUAAAUCUGCAGCGAUAGAUCUGUUUGUUAGAGAUGUCCCAGAAAGGCCAGAAUUAAUGCGUGUAGAUUGCUCUUCUGGAAGGCAUGCUUUACUUGUUUGGAAACGGCCUUCAAUAAAUAUUUUAAAUAAUGAACUACCUUUAACUGCAUUUAUUGUGGAAGCAAAAACUGACCAAAAUUCAGAAAAUUGGGAAAAAGUUUUCGAAGAAUAUUUGGGAGGAGAAGAAGAAACGGCUACUGGACCUAGAAUAUUACACAAAACAGCAAUUCCUUUAAGACCUUGGGCUAAUUACACAUUUCGAUUGUUUGCCGUUAAUGCUCACGGGUCUAGCCAACCUUCUCAACCUAUGCCCUCUUCUCCAUUAGAAUGCUCCUCUCCACUGGAUGUUCCUUUUCAAAAUCCUUUGGCUGUAACAGCAGCUGGAACUGAGCCAGAUAAUUUAAUUAUUAGUUGGCAGCCAUUACCGCGUGAUCGGUGGAAUGCUCCUGGAUUACGUUAUUUAGUGAGAUAUAGAAGAUUAGAUACAAAAGAUGGAGACUGGAAUGAAUUUCUUGUAGAGGAUCCUUUUGCUAAUCAAACAAUAAUUCGAGAACAACCAACAUUUCGCCCUUAUCAAGUUCAAAUUCGAGCAAUUAAUUCUUUGGGGUUUUCUGCAUUAGAACCUCCAAUUGUUGAAGGAUGGUCGGGAGAAGAUGUUCCAACAGAAUCACCUAAAAAUCUUCGCUUAGCAGAGCAUCACAAUUAUUCUUUUGUUACGUUAGAAUGGGAACCUAUAGAAAAUAGGUAA